AUGGUUGAAAGCAAAGUCAAAACCGCGAAACAAUCGAGUCCGGCGGAUAAUGAGAAGGAGGUAAAUAUUUCUUUAUUUUCUUUAUGUUUUUAGAUCAUGUCAAGCUUUUACAGGAUAGAAAAACUUAAAAUAUUUUUUUCCAGGAGAUUUCCAAGAUCCCCGACCUGGAAAUUGCUCAGUUGAGGUUCUUGGUCAACCAUCCGGAGUUGGAUAAAGAUGUGAAACAGGCCAAGUGGUUGUUGUUGUUAGAAGUAAGUGUCUGCUUGUUGUUUUUUGUUUUUAGAACUAGUAUAGAGUUAAAAGAACCCGCUGGUGUUCUCUCGGAAGCCUCAAACUUGAGAGAAUUAGCGAUGAUAGUAUUCUGUAGACUUUUUUUCGGAGUAGCUGUGGUCUGGUGCAGUGUUAGAUGUUUGGUCGUUUUAUUUUCGGAGAGCUUAGGUUUAUAAGUUCUGUGAGGAUGAUUUGCCAGUUUUUUUAGCUUUCCAAUGCGUUUUUGCUGCCGUGUUAUGCGAAGCUUUCACGAUUUUAUAUUAUCCGUGGGCGAGAUAGCGAAAAUAUUGAAAUUGUUAAUGAAACCCUAAAAUAGGCAGGAGAAUAGGCUUCUAUGAGAUAAUCAACUUCCUUUCCUUGCCUGCCGUCCUUUUUUAGUGCGUUUUGGUCAAACAAAUUCAUUUCUUUUCUGUUUUCAGAAGAUCAAGGAGUACGAAAUGGGUCCUUUCUACGAGUUGGUGUGCCAAGAAGCCGAUCAGACCGUUGAUCAGCAACUUUUGGCCGAUAUGAAAGCCAAGAACGCCAAGAGAAUUGCUGAAAUUGAAGUUGAGAUCAACGAUGCGGAGCAAAACCUUGGUAUGUCUUUAAUUUUUUGUUUGUUGGGUUUUAGAUUGAAUCGUCGAUGGAGAUGGAAGUGUGAACUCUGCUUUAAUCAUUGUAAUGUUUCAGGCGAAUCCGAAGUCCGGCAAGCUUGGCUCCGGAAGUCGGAAUAUUUGUGCCAAAUCGGAGACAAAGCCGCCGCCUUGACGUCGUUCCGUCAAACCUACGAGAAGACGGUCGGAAUUGGGUACAGAAUUGAUCUCGUCUUCAGCCUGAUCCGGGUUGGUCUCUUCUUUUUGGACCACAAACUGAUCAAUGCUAAUAUCGCCAAAGCCAAGGAUCUCAUGGAACAAGGUGGAGAUUGGGAACGAAAGAACCGUCUCAGAUCCUACGAAGGAUUGUAUAAGAUGGCUGUUCGUGACAUGAAAGGAGCGGCCACUUUGUUCUUGGAGACUGUUCCAACUUUCGGAUCUUAUGAAUUGAUGACUUAUGAACAAUUGGUCUUCUACACGGUGAUCUGCGCUGUUUUUUGUGAGUUUUUGCAUUUAUUUGGUUGUUUAUGAGUUUAGGAAGGUACAAAAGAGAUGGUGUUGAUCAUUAAAUUUGACAUUUUUAGCAUUGGAACGCCCAGAACUCCGACUCAAGGUCAUCAGAUCCAAUGAGAUUCAAGAAAGAGUAAGUGUUUUCACCUUUUUUUGUUUUCUGUCUUUAGAAUAUACCAAGUGGAUUUUUACCCCCUUAACUUCAGCUCACCGGCGGAGGAGAGAAGGGAGAGUUGAUCCCAAUCAAGCACUUCCUCGAAGCCUUUUACAACUGCCAUUAUGAUCAGUUCUUCAUCAGUCUAGCCCAGUUGGAAAGCGAGCGUCUGAAGUUUGACCGAUACUUGGCGCCUCACUACUCUUUCUACUCCAGAGCUCUCCGUCUCAAGGCCUAUUCGCAGUUCUUGACUCCGUACAAAACUGUAAGUGAGAUUUUUUUUUAUUUUUGAGGGAAAAUAAAAAAAAAAUCUCACUUAUAAACUUUUCUUUCCAGGUCCGACUCGACAUGAUGGCCAAGGAUUUUGGAGUGUCGAAAGCCUUCAUUGACGCCGAACUCCAUCGUUUGAUCGCAUCCGGCGCCCUGAAUUGCCGAAUCGACGCCGUCCGCGGAGUCAUCGAAAUGAAUCACCCGGACAGCAAGAACUUUUUGUACAAAGCCGUCAUCCGCGACGGCGACAUCCUCCUCAACCGAAUCCAGAAGCUGGCCCGGGUCAUCAACGCCUAA